CAUUCAACUAGUGCACGCAACCCCCAAUCACUACGACAUCGACGACACGGAGUUGGUGUCGGUCACGUCCCCCGCCCUGCGUCGGCUCGAGAUCAGGCUGCACGACACAACUGGUCAGCUGCAGCCGCCCUUCCCAGUGUAUGACGUCCCACAUAUCCUCCUCGAGAAGCUAAGCUCGAAGCUUCCACGCCUCGAGUGCCUGCGCAUAUUUUGCCGGGGCAUUGGCCCACAUCUCCCCACCUCCCGCGUGCUGUCUGCCGCGUCGAUGUCUGCCUUCACGGAGCUGACCACCGUCGAUGUUCUACGAUGUCGCUCUGCGUGCACUCCGGACCUCCUUCGUCAUCUCGCAACACUGCCUACCUUAGUCAAUCUCUCGGCUGAGAUCGGUGAAACAGACGGCGGCACUUCGAUCGUCUUCUCGGGUUUCCCCUCGCUCCGCAGGCUGCACGUCAAAGGCACGGUCGACAGGGUGCUCGCGCUCAUUGCGACUGUCAAUUCGCCGUACGUCCGGGCUGUCCAAGUACAACACGUGCCAGAGGACGUCGGCCCGUACUUUGAACAAGAGUGGUGCAAGAUGAUCGACGCAAUCGCCUCCCGCUUCGAAAGCUCCCUGCGCGAAAUCAACCUCGCGACCUCCUUCCAAUUCUGCGAAUCGACGCAGCAAGGCCGCAGUGGGUUGCGCUUCCUGCGCGUCGUGCGUCCGCUGCUCGCUCUGCUGGAGCUGGAAAGCGUCAUUUUUUCCUGGGACAUCGAGCGCACGCGCCUCGAUAUGCGUGACGAGGACGUACUCGAGAUGGCCAACGCGUGGCCCAGGGUGAGGACGCUGGUGCUGCGUUUCGUGAACGGCUGGCAGCUCCCAGUGGAGACGCUUUCCCACUGGGCUCGGCUCUGUCCCUUACUCAUUCGGCUCGUCUUGCCUGAACUCAUGGAUCGCGAGCACUCAACUGUUGAGUCAUUCCCGGCGACGUCGCAUGGGCUGCGCUAUAUUCAAUUUGAAUAUGAGCCCCGUUCAGAACGCACGACGAGGAUACUCGACCGGCUGUUUCCAAAUCUGGACACAGCGGAUAACCGGCCGAGCAGAAAACUGCUAAGAUGGACGCAAGUUUGACAAUUCCAGCAAGAACGACGGACUGCGAGAUCCAUGUGAACGGUUGUCCGUUGGUUGGGCCGUUGUAUCACUUGCAUGCCACAUAUGAUGUCGGGGGCACAGACGGCGGUUCAAGCCCAGUGAAAACGCCGAAGUUUCAGAGCGAUCCCUGUAGAUUGUCCGGUGUCAAACCGCUGGUGUUCGACCAGAAUCGACAUCAAAAGUAAAAUGAGACAAACAUCGAACGAUGUCGACUUCCAUAGAUCGUGGUCGACCUCGGUCCCAUGAUUCUGAGUCGUUCGCUCCCGACAGACAGAAGGCGCCUCUUAUCGACGUAGCUAUCGUAGCCAACGAUUCUGGUAGAUUGUCAUAGAACUCAUUCAAGGCCAUGCUCCUC